AUGUUGGGCACAAAAUCCAUCAAGGUCAAUGGCGCCGAGGUGGGCAUCGAGUCGAUCAUGCUCGGUGUCAUCACCAGCAUUGGCGGCUUCCUCUUCGGAUACGACACGGGCCAGAUCUCCUCCAUGCUUCUCUUCACCGACUUCCGCAACCGCUUCGCCACUGGCCCUCGUGACGACGACGGCAUCAAGACCUGGGUCUCCAUCAUCCAGUCCCUCAUGGUCUCUCUGAUGAGCAUUGGAACCCUCAUUGGUGCUCUCUCCGGCGCCUACACGGCUGACUGGUGGGGCCGUCGCAAGUCUCUCACCUUUGGCGUCUGCAUUUUCAUCAUUGGCAACAUCAUCCAAAUCACCGCCAUGGACACCUGGGUUCACAUGAUGAUGGGACGUUUCGUCGCCGGUCUCGGUGUUGGUAACCUGUCUGUCGGUGUGCCCAUGUACCAGUCCGAGUGCUCCCCGCGCCAGAUCCGCGGUGCUGUUGUCGCCUCGUACCAGCUCCUCAUCACCAUUGGUAUCCUCAUCUCCAACAUUAUCAACUAUGGCGUUCGCAACAUUCAGACCUCGGAUGCCUCGUGGCGCAUCGUCAUCGGCCUCGGCAUCUUGUUCUCUCUGCCUCUCGGCAUUGGUAUCCUCAUGGUCCCCGAGUCGCCCCGCUGGCUCGCCGCCCGUCACGACUGGGAGGGCGCUCGCAUGUCCUUGGCCCGCCUUCGCGGCAUGAAGGAUGACCCUCACAACACCCUUGUCGAGGACGACAUUAACGAGAUGUACAAGGUUCUCGAGGAGGAGUCCCGCGUCGGUGUCGGUUCAUGGAUGGAGUGCUUCACUGGCCGUCCCGCACGCCUGCCCAAGCUCGUCUACCGCACCAUUCUCGGCAUGACCCUCCACUUCCUGCAACAGUGGACUGGUGUCAAUUACUUCUUCUACUACGGCGCCACCAUCUUCGAGUCGGCUGGUGUCGAUGACCCUAUUCUCGUCCAACUCAUCCUUGGUGCUGUCAAUGUUGUCACCACCUUCUACGGCCUCUACGUGGUUGAGAAGUACGGCCGUCGCUGGCCGCUCUUCAUCGGUGGUCUGUGGCAGGCUGCGUGGCUCUGUGUCUUUGCCUCGAUCGGUGUCGCCCAGCCUCCUGACAACAACUCCACGACUGGCAUUGUCAUGAUUGUUUCGGCCUGCAUGUUCAUUGCCUCUUUCGCUGGUACUUGGGGUCCCAUCUGCUGGGUCGUCAUUGGCGAGACCUUCCCCGUCCGCACACGUGCCAAGCAGGCCUCGCUCGCCACCGCUGGCAACUGGCUCGGCAACUUCAUGAUUGCGUUCCUGUCUCCUCUUGCCGACUCCGGCAUCGGCUAUGCCUUUGGCUACGUCUUCGUCGCCUGCAAUCUGGCCGGUGCGCUUGUCGUUUGGUUCUUCCUUUAUGAGUCUCGCGGUCUUUCGCUAGAGAACGUCGAUCGCAUGUACGGCCAGAAGGAUGUGAAGCCCUGGAACUCCAACAAGUGGGUGCCUCCCGGAUACCUCACCCGUGAGACCCGCGACGAGGCCACCUUCCGUCGCGCCAGUGCGGCGCGGGGCAGCGUCGCCCACACGUCGUCCGACGUGGAGAAGGAGAAGAGGCAUGACGACAGCCCUAGCGAGAGCCACCACGAGGGCAUGUUCAGUGGUCGCGACAACCAGGUCUAA